AUGGAGGUAGGAGAAAGCCUCAAAGAACUGAACAUGACAGCGGACGAAAUCAGCAGAUUCACUAAGGCCUUUAAAGACGAGAAAUUCAGGGAAAUGCUGCACGACUACGCACAAGAAAUAUCAGAUCCUGCGAAUAAGAAGAAGUAUGAAGAGGAGAUCACACUUCUGGAGCAGGAGAGAGGAAACAACAUCGAGUUUAUCCACCCGGAACCAUUCAGGGCUCUCAGGACGAGUGUGAACGGCAAGCAGAAGUGCUACAUCAACAUCUGCUCAAAUGAAAAAGUGGGUAAACCUGAAUGUAAGUGGGGGGUGUCUGAUGAUGGACACAGAGGGCAGUGCUGGUCCCUGCCUCACAGUCUGCACCCCGGGAGACAAGACACAGACCCAAAGGGAAACAAAAUCAUGAUUUAUGACGUUAUUUUCCACCCUGACACCAUUCACAUAGCAAGGAGAAACACCAGAUUCAUGGAUAUGUUGGACAACACAGCCAUUCAGGGCAUCCAGGAUGCUUUCAAGGUCACUCUGGACAAAAGCAAUGUGAGAGAGAUGAGCACCAAAUAUAAAGGCACACCUCAGGCUUGUGUCAUUCGAAAACCCGUACCUGGAUAUAAAGCCAGGGUACCCUCCGAGCAGCCUGACCCUCUUGCCUUCCCAUACCCAGAUGAAAAAAAGAGACCUACCACAUCCCCUAAAACAAAAAACAGCAAACAUAUCCAGCCUCAGAAAGCCAAAGGACCCACCACGCCAAGUUAUACAGUGAAAUACAGAUCAUUCAUCGAUCUGCAGGACUUUAGAUGUUCCAGAGACUCAGCAAAGAGUCCCAGGCCCAAAGCGAUUGUGGUCACUGUAGACUUGCCGCUUCUGAAGUCGGUAAGAGAUGCCAACCUUGAAGUAAAAGAGAAAAGCCUGCUGCUGGAGUCCAAGAAGCCUGCAUACAGACUGGAGCUGCCCUUAGCCUACCCUGUGGACGAGGAUAAAGGAGAGGCAAAGUUCAACAGACAGAGAGGACAGCUGACCAUCACGCUGCCUGUUCUUCCUUCUAGUGAGGUGUUUGAUUUCACUGUAGGGACCGCUCAGGCUGUUAGUGAGGAGGAGGAGGAGAAGGAGGAGGAUAAAUUAAAGGAGGAGGAGAGGGAAGGAAACAAAUGUGAGGAGGAGGUAGGAAACGUUGAAGAGAGGGGCUUGGAGCAGCAGAAGGAGGAGAAGGAGGAGGAUCAAUUAAAGGAGGAGGAGGAGGAGGAAGAGAGGGAAGGCAACAAAUGUGAGAAGGAGGAGGUAGGAAAUGUUGAAGAGAGGGGCUUGGAGCAGCAGAAGAGGGAAGUGGAGAAAAGUGAAGAAGAGGAGAAUAAAUCUGAGGUGGAAGAGGAGAAGCAGCAAAAUAGGGAAGCUGAGAAAAGUGAUGAGAUUCAUGAAAGCAGAGUGGAGGAGGAAGAGGAGGAGAUAUUGAAAGAGCAGAAAGGUGACAGUGAAGAAGCAGUGAAAUCAAACCAGCAGGAUGAGCAAGAUGAAGAAAGAGAGUUACAUAACACAUUGAAGGAAGAAGACAAGACAAGAGAGAUUGUAGAUGGAAACCUGAAGGUGGAAACCAUGACAACACCUCCAAACUACACACCCAGUGAGGAAUCCCACACUGCUGCUGUUGUUGUUUCCGAGCGGGCAGAGUCCAGCGAGGCGCCUGCAGUGGAUAAAGCAAACAAGUCAAGACUAGGAGGCAACAGGGUCGUACACUUCUCUGAGGAGCCCAGUCAGAGCUCGGACAACGGCUCAGAGGAGGUAGAUGAAGAUGACCUGCCGACUGAGCACAACAUCCAAAACCCAGAGCCUGAUAAAAAGCUGCCGCCGCCUGUCUUAUUGAGGGAAAUUGAUCAAGAUGGAAAUGAGACAAUCAUCAGCGAUCACUCCACAUCGGCUGGGUUCACCUUCCAAAACUCCCUCCUGUAUGAACUGGACUGA